AUGAGGAGGCCUCCAGAGAAUUUGCCUUUGCUGCCUGGAGAUGAUCCUAGAGCCAUGGGAGAAACACAGAAAGAAGACAAGCUGCACAGGCUGCACUCCAAUAGGAGUGAGGGUCUGGGAAAAACCACCAUCUACAACCAGGAUCCUCCCGUAGACACUGAAAGCAGCAUGCAGCCUGCCAGAGAGGAUGUGGGCCAGGGAGAAGAUGGCACAGGCUGCUAUUGGAUUCUUUCUGAGGCCCCUGAGCAACAGCCCAAAGCCCUGCCUGUGCAGCCGAAGGGCCUGCAGAAGACGGAUGACACCCAUGUCCUGCGCUUGCUGCUGCAUCAGAGGGACCUGGAAAUCCAGGGGCUGAGAUGCGCCGCUCAGAAGGAGCCAGCAGCCCGGCUCUCCUUCAUUUUGCAGGAGCUAGUGAGCAUGAGGCAGAGAGUGAGCGCAACCCCCACAAGAUAGCUCUGAACAUGGUUUGGAAUUGGAGAGAAGUGUAAUGAUCUUGUGGGUUUCUGCAGGUACCAAACCAAAGGAGACCAGCCAGAGCAUCUCCAAAAGGAAAUAGACAGACUGAGCUCUGAAUUGCAGGCUGAAAAGGAGCUCCAUAUGAGGGAGAUGCAGCUCUUGAAGGAGAAACUCUGCAAAUCAGAGCUGUUGGUGCAGCAACUGUACGAAGAGAUCAUGAAGCUGAAGAAGUCACAGCCUGGAAGACCUGCCCAAGGCCUCCAAGAGCCACAAGGAACAAAGGCCAGUGUGAAGCAGGAUGAUAUGCCAGAAAUGGAGAGUUUCGAGCUUUGGUCAGAGACAGGAAACAACAACGUAGCGGCAGAGCCUAGUAACAUGGCGCUGCGAAGGAUCCCCAAGCACAUGAGCUUCCUGGAUUCAUUCUUCAAGGACAGAGAUCCAACAACACUUGAGAUGGAAAAGGACAAUGGAAGAACCGAGCUAUCAGAAGUAGUUCAAGCAGAAUUCAACCUCUACGGCACAUCCUCUGCAGAGUCAGAGGCCAGAUGGAAAAAUGAUUUUAGCAACUUGAGUUCAAGUCAAGAGCUAGCUAGUUUACCAGCGAAAAAGGAGAGGAAACUACACUCAGAAAGUUCUUGGUGGGAGGUGAUCUCUUCUCCAAAAUCAGAUCUUGGUUCCGCACCAAGCAGUUCUGAAGUUGUGGUAUUGGCCCACAGUCUCCCACCAUCCUGGGAGGACAUCCAGCCCAAACACUCUGGUUCCCUGGAUCUGAAGACGGACCAGUCCCAGGAUCUGUGCCAUCUCACUCAUGCCAGUUUUGGUGGGAUAGGGGUUUGCAAGACAUCUGUGAUGCCCUCAGAUCUGAGCAAAGGCGAAGAACAUGAAAGGACUCCUAGGGACACAGGAUUCCUAAAGAUCACCACUGUGAAUUGUAAGGGCAAAUUCGUUCGAAUCCUCAACACCUCAUUGGAUCAAGACGUGGACCUGAGUGGCUUCAUCAUCCAGCAGUGGAUUGGAGGGUACCCUGUGUCCAUCUAUCGCUUCCCCCCAGACACCAUGCUGCCCGCACUGCAUCAUGUCACGGUCUGGGCUGCAGGAGCUGCUUGCACCCAUAAAAAACCUGCAGACGUGACACUGAGGACCCAGCAGUAUUUCAGAACGGGCCCAGAAUGCACCACAGUCCUCAGCAAUACAAAGGGCCAGACUCUCUCCAGGUACACAGCCCCUCACAGACUCACAGCGGCCGCAGAGGCCUACACGGAUAACACGGACCUUUCAGUGGACAAGUUCCCACUCGCUGGAGAAGGGGAGAAAGCAGAAGAACUUCUGCCCCAGAAGGCUCAGCCCCGGGUCCCUGCAGCGCCACGCAGAGGGAGUACAGGCAGGCCACCGGCUGUACUGCAGAAGGCAAAGGGUCCUGUUUCUCCUCACAGGGACAGGAAGCACUUUCCUGUUGGUCCUUCAAACAGCAACAGUCAGGGAGACCCUUCAAAGGGCGGCAAGAGGAAAAUCCAGCCUGCACCCAGAGAGACAGUUCACAAGACUGUCUCCUUCUCAGCCCAGAAUUUACCUGCCAUAUCAGGUGCUGUCCUUAGGCAGGACACUGCUUUCUCUCUAUCCGAGAAAUGCUUCUCAUCCAGCGAAGAGAAGGAGGAGGAAGAGGAGGAUUUUGCUCCUUAUGGAAGGCAGCCCCCAACUGCAGAGCCAAAACCCAGAGUCUUCAAGACAGCUCUGGAUACAACAAUUCCUACGGUGGCGCUGAUAGGACAGAAGAGUGCUCGAUCUAAAUACGGCUUCAAGCACAUGGCUUACCCACCUACCACUACUGACAUGCAGCUUAGGAGAUACUGCCCUGCUAGAUGAUGCACUGAUUAAUAGGUGACACAGGAA